CGCACAUAAUGCAUAGAACGGGCGGUUAUACGACCAAUACGUUUAUUAACAGAGCAAUUAUUAGCUCAAGAGUCGUAAGUCAUAACCACGAUUGAUGUUUCAUUUGUGAUAGCAUGGUCGCUGAUAACGAUGGCGCUGAUAACAGCAAGUAAAUUUACUCGAUUAGAAUGAUAAUUCAAUAAUAAUUAUUGAAGGCAAAUAGUAAAUACUAUAAUCCACCUUCCAUCUUCUCUACAUCGUCCUAUAAUCUAUAGUAUUUGGUAUUGGCAUAGUAUUAGAUCAUUUGGAAUUUGGAUCAAGAUCAUUGAUUGAUAUCAUUCGUCUGUCAUCAUUCCGCGUUCGAGGCCUAUAAAACUUUUCACCCCCUCCCUACAACCAUGUACGACCCGCCGCCGGAACCACCCUCCGAGUCGGACUGCUGCGGUACCGGAUGCGCGGACUGCGUGUUCGACGUGUACGACCGAGAGUGCGCGCGGUGGCAACGACGGCGCCAGACCGGCGAGGGUGACAGGCUGCGGCGGGAUCUGCUGUCGGCGACCACGCACAGGCCAUACCGGAUCGUGUCCGCGCGGCCGCUCGGUGAUGACGUACACGCGUACACGUUUGCGGCCACCCCGAAGGCCGUCGGCCGACUACCGGUCGCGUACACUCAACACGUUCACGUCCGGCUGGCCAACGGCCUCAGCAGACCGUACACGCCGGUGGCCGUGGGCGACGACGAUUGCUCGUUCGACGUCCUGGUCAAGGUCUACCCCGGCGGAAGGUUCACCGGGCGGCUGUUGGAAAUGAACGUUGACGACGUCGUCGAGGUGCGCGGGCCUUCGGGCGGCGUGCGGCACGACGGGUACGAUUCGAUAGUCAUGUUCGGCGGCGGUACCGGCGUGGCCGGCUUCGUGGGUCUGAUCGGGUCGCUGUUGGACGACGACAAGUGUGAGGCGUUGCUGAGACUGCAUUACUCGUCCAAAACCCUUAACGGGGUGCUGAUGCGCAAGGAGUUGGCCGGUUACGCGGCUUAUUGGAAUUGUGCGGUACAUUUGUACUUAACGAGGGAACGCGAUUGGUCGCAAUGUUCGAAAUCGUUUUGGUACAAUGAAAAUAUAACAGAAGGAAGAAUUUCGCAGGAUAACAUGGCUGAAAUAAUCGAUAAACAACAAAACUUGCGAACGCUAUGGCUCAUUUGUGGAAACGAUGAAUUCAAUCAAUAUAUUUUCAACUCUUUACAAAUUUACAAUAUUAAACAAGACCAUAUUCAAUUAUUAGAUAAUUCUAUAAAAGAUUUAAAAGUAUCUUGACAUUACAUAUUGCAUGACUAGGCAUCCUACAAUAAUUUCAACAAAUUUUUACAAAUUGUUAAAAUAUAAUGCUAGGCAUUUAAAAUAAAAAUUUUAAUAUUCGUUUAAAUAUAAACAAUUUAUCUAUGUAAAUUAAAUUUUUUACUACCAGUGACCAAAAACAUUUUUUUUCUUUUGGUUACUGUUUUAGUUGACAAGUGACGACUGCCAAGAAAGUAUUGUCUUGCCACUAUCACCAUAUUUUUAAUUUUUGAAUAAUGUAGCCACACGGGACUUCCUCCUCUCGUCAAUCAGACCUCAUCAAAUUUACUUAUUGAUUAUUGUAUAACUUGUUAGUACAGAUUGUAAAUAUAAAUUUUUCUUCAAUAAAAAAAA